AUGAACAAAAUAGACAAGAUUAAAGAGGGCAUGACACUAAUCGAGGUCAAAGAACACUACAGACCCCUCGAAAAACCAAUGGUAGAAGAAACCGCUAGGAAAGUACGAAACAUUAUUACAGAACUCUACCAAAAGAAACACAUUGAUGAAAUGAAAUUAAAAUGGUUGUCUCAAACACCGAACCCUCCACGCAUUCCAGUUUUCUACACUCUUACAAAAACACACAAGGUCAACUUGUCAAGUCGACCAAUAAUCUCUGGAUGCGAUUCCCCUACUGAGAGAAUUUCAGCUUUUGUUGACAGUCUCCUUCAACCAAUAAUGAAAGAACAGCAGUCAUACAUUAAAGAUACAACUCAAUUUAUUAACUUCGUUGAAGGAACGAGAGUUCCACAAAAUGCAGUCCUUGUCUCAAUGGACGUUACGAGUCUAUAUACAAAUAUACCGCAAGAAGAGGGUAUCACAACCAUAUGCCAUGCAUAUGACACAUUCUACACGACAACGCCCCCUAUACCAACACACUAUCUUAGAGAAAUGCUGAGACAUAUUACAAGAGAACUCUUUCCAAUUCAAUGGAAAAGACUUUCUCCAGACCAAUGGUACAGCUAUGGGCACUAA